AUGCUCGAAUCGGUGGAGGAACAACGGAGACGAUUCGAGAUUGAGUGUGAAUUCGUGCAAAGCCUUGCAAACCCGCACUACCUCAAUUUUCUCUCGCAACGCGGCUAUUUUAAGGAGGACUAUUUUGUCAACUACCUCAAAUAUCUUCUCUAUUGGAAAAGACCGGAGUAUGCGCGAUGUCUGAAAUACCCGCAAUGUCUCUUCAUGCUAGAAGCUCUACAAGAAAAAGAAUUCCGAGAAGCGCUCGAAUCGACGGCCAAUGCGAAAUUCAUCGAAGAUCAACUCAUUUUCCAGUGGCAUUACUAUUUGCGAAAACGACAGAGAAUUCUCGACAAUCCACCAUCUGAUGAGGAAUCCACUCCAACGACUUCUCAAAUAAAAACUGAACCUUUA